UAUCAUCUCCCUGUCCAUCUCCCUUGAGCUUUCAUUCCUCAAGAGAGAGACAGUGAGAGAGAGAGAGAGAGAGGGAAUCAAUCCUAAAGCUUGAGAGAUCAGAUCUCGCAAAACCCACCGGAGACGAGAGCAAUGGCUGAAAAGGUAACAAUGGUCAUCAGGGUUGACCUGCAGUGCUAUCGAUGCUACAAGAAGAUCAAGAAAGUGAUGUGCAAAUUCCCAGAAAUCGAGAUCAGAUGUACGAUGAGAAGCAGAACACAGCGACAAUCAAAGUGGUGAGCUGUUGUCCCGAGAGAAUCCUUAAGAAAAUAGCCAGCAAAGGCGGAAAAACAGUGGAGAGCAUUGAGAUAGUCCCCGAGAAGAAGCCCGAGAAGCCCCGGGAGCCCCUGAUGCCCAAGAUGGGGCCGCCCAUGGAGGUCCCGCCGCCGUACAAGGAGGGGGACAAUGGAGGAAACGAUUCUGAUGUCGAACCUACAACUCUUACUCCCAAGCAAACCAAUCAGUUUGUUUCAGGAUAUCCCACGAUUUAUCCAAGUGGAAUAUACUACCAGCCGCCUCAGCCGUAUUACCAAGGAUAUGGCACUGUGCCAUACUAUCACGGGGUGCCGGCUUAUUACGGUUAGAGCAGUUAUGGUGUGAAUAGGGGCUAUAACACGAACCACGCCGACUAAACGGAACCCUGAGUCGUGCACAGUCAUGUGAUUGGAUCAUGAAUGGGUUAAAGGUGCAUGUACGUGUUAACUUGCUAAAGGUUUUAUAUUUUAUCAGUUGUGCUUAGCCGGAGGAUCUGUCAAAUUUCGUGGAUACUUGUAUUUGAUCAUAUGAGACAGUAAAGGAACAAUAAGGUUUGGUGGGAACGUCGAUGAUUUUAUGA